AUGGCAAGAGCCCUGUACGAUAAUAUCCCCGAAUGCGCAGAAGAGUUGGCCUUCCGCAAAGGAGACAUUUUGACGGUGAUAGAACAGAACACUGAAGGUCUUGAAGGAUGGUGGCUCUGCUCCUUACACGGCCGGCAAGGCAUCGUUCCAGGCAAUCGUGUGAAACUCCUGAUAGGUCCAGUGGUACAGGACAGCCCUUCUGGCCAGGAUGUGUCCAACUCAGUAUUGAUGCAUCAAUCCUUCAACGCACAAAAGAUCUACCAAGUGCCAAGCUCGCACGCCUCAGCACGGGACCCUGUCUAUCAGGUGCCACCUUCCCAUCUGAAUCAGGGAAUUUACCAAAUACCCACUGGACAUGGUCUAGUGGGACAAGAUAUUUACCAGGUGCCACCCUCCAUGCAGAGAAGUGUUGACGGUCCACCUCUGGCUAACAAGGUAAUAACUCCAGUCAGGUCUGGACAAGAUUAUGUUUAUGAAUUCCCUUCCAAAUACCAGAAGGAUACCUACGAUAUUCCCCCUGUUCGCCCUCUCCAAGGGAUAUACGAUAUCCCCCCUACAUCAGUUAAGGGGCCUGCACUUCCAGUUCCCAUGGGAGAAGCAAAAGCUUCAGGAGUCUAUGACAUACCACCUGCCAAAGGGGUCUAUGCUACACCUCCAUCUGCAUGCCGAGAUGAUACAGGCCUGAGGGAAAAUUUGCAGGAUUUUUCAUCACCAGUGGGCCACAGUGUAAGACCAGAAGGAGUGUAUGACAUUCCUCCUCCCAUCACCAAAGCAACUGGGAAAGAAAUUAAAUUUUCUCCUGAGAGUUUUUUAUUGCCAGAUGGAGUGUCACAGAAACAUAGUGUUUAUGACAUCCCUAUGAACCAUCAAAACCAUUUUCUUGGACAGCAAAUUGCACCUCAAAAAGAUGUUUAUGAUACCCCAAGGGGAAUUGCAUUCCCAGGACAACAGACAGGACUCGGUGAAAGCAUCAUCCCAGAAGGAAGAGAAGGCGUAUAUGAUGUGCCACCAGCAGUCCUCCAAGACACUAAAGGCUUACAGGACGUGACUGAUGGGAUGAAUAGGUUGUCUUUCUCUAGCACAGGAAGCACCAGGAGUAACAUGUCCACAUCUUCAACAACAUCAAAAGACUCUUCUGUCUCAGCAUCAACCGCACAGGACAAAAGACUAAUCCUUGAUCCAGACACUGCUAUAGAGAGACUUUAUCGCCUCCAGCAGAUGGUAGAGACAGCUGUCAAUAACCUCAUGGCCUUCGUUACAGCAGACUGGAGGUCAUAUGGAUACAUGGAGAAACACAUCAAUGAAAUUCACACUGCUGUGGAUAAGGUGGAGCAGUCGCUGUUGGAGUACCUUCAGUUUGCAAAAGGAUCAGCAGCCAAUGCUUCCUGCCUGUCUGAGUUCGGCCUCCUCAACAAAAUGAGGAGGGAGGUACAAAGGCUAGAGGACUCUCACCAGAUCCUUACCCAAACCCGUCACGACUUGAACAGCUUCAACUGGUCUUUGAAUGUUCUGGCUGUCAACAGACUGCAGAGCAAGUGUGAUGACCUGGAUCGGUUUGUUAUGGUGGCAAGGACAGUUCCAGAUGAUGCCAAGCAACUGACUACUACCAUUAGUGUCAAUGCAGAGGUGCUCUUCAAACAGGCAUUGAACAGCUCACGUCCCAAAAACACACCAGAGAGUAUCACGAACACUCCUGACUAUGUGUAUGACAGUCCUCAUAUGCAGCAUCACGGAGAAAAAGCACAGAACCACUGCAGUUCCUUUCCUCUGCUCCUGAGUAAAGGUCAGCACCCUCACAAUACCACCAGUGAGAGCUCAGAAAAGAGCUGGAUGGAUGACUACGAUUACGUUCACCUGCAGGGGAAAGAAGAGUUUGAAAGACAACAGAGGGAGCUGCUGGAAAAAGAAAAUAUCAUCAAGCAGAGCAAAAUGGAGCUAGAGCACCAUCAGAUCAAUCAGUUCCAGCGCCUGGAGCAAGAGAUCACCAAGCCAGUGGAGAAUGACAUCUCAAAGUGGAAGCCACCUCAGGCUCUCCAGACUGCCAACAGCGCUGCCACCUCCCGUGACUGCCGUCUGCUUUUGUUCUAUGCUGACCAAUGCGAGACUCACUUCAACUCCCUCCUGAACGCCAUCGAUGCCUUUUUCAGCUGCAUCAACGCUUCUCAGCCCCCCCGAAUCUUUGUGGCUCACAGCAAAUUUGUCAUUUUGAGCGCUCACAAACUCGUCUUCAUUGGAGACAUGCUCACAAGGCAGGUGACGACUCAGGACAUACGCAACAAAGUGAUGAACUCCAGCAACCAGUUGUGCGAGCUGCUGAAGAGCGUUGUCCUGGCCACCAAGGCGGCUGCCUUGCAUUACCCCAGCACAGCCGCCCUGCAGAAGAUGGUGGACCAAGUGACAGAGCUCUCUCGUCACGCACAGUUGUUCAAACUCUCGCUGGUCCAAAUGGCAUCCUUGUGA